CACACAGGUGAUCUGGGCUUUUUUUGGAGCAAUGGGCUGCUGUUUGAGCUGCAUCUACCGGGACCCGGUGCCGGGGGACAUGGUGGAGAUCAUAGAGACGCUGUACAGCCACUGGACCGUCUACGUGGGAGACGGAUACGUGGUGCACUUCACAGUCCCAGGUCCGGCCAGGCCGAUCUCCAAAGGUCGCAUCUCUCGCAGUAAGCUGGCGGGGAUGGUGGUGGGGUGCUCCUAUCGCGUCAAUAACUACCUGGACGACAGGUACGAGCCGCGGCCUGCGGACGUGAUCGUGAGCGAGGCCAACGCCUGGGUGGGCAAGCCGCUGGACUACAACCUGCUGCUGGAGAACUGCGAACACUUCGCCACCUACCUGCGCUACGGACACGCAGAGUCCAGACAGGUGAAACAAGGACUGUGUGUGUGUGCCUCCUGUACGGUGGCCUGGGUAGAGAUCAUCAAAUGGUUCAAGAGAAAACACCCGAAAAACAAGCCAGCACUAGAGGUGGUGUGAGAAGAGGGUGCGCACACCCAACACACACACACACACACACACACACACACACACAAGCAUAUAAGCACACGCAUAUACACACACACAAGCAUAUAAUACGCAUACACACACACACACACACACACACACACACACACACACAUUCAAGAUUUUUCCAUUUUGUUUUUUUUAUACUCUACUUAUAAAACACACAUUUAAUAUUUAAUGUUUUUGUAUAGUCCUAAAAACUCCCACAUUGAAGCUUGUGAGACUGUUCUACUCUGUGUUGUUGUGCUGAUCCUACUAACAAGGCACGCAACUUGUCAUUGUUAUUGUAUGAUAGCGCUGAAUACAGUGUUCUCAAUGGAGACUCCGAGCCCCUGAGAAGACUAGAGCGAUCCGUUUGAUCCAAACACACACGUCUCUCCCACAGUCUCCCGCUGAGACGAGGCAUUCUGGAAUGUUCAGGGUGUAGUAUAUCAUCUUUAGUUUUCACCUUUAACUGUGAGUGGACCUUAUCCGGUCUCUGUAAACAGCACACACACACACACACACACACACACACACACACACACACACACACACACACAGGCCGCCUGAGCCAUGAACUGUUCCAGCCAAUCAACACGCUUCACUGCCUCAGGAGCACAGGACAGGAGAGCCAAUCAAUACGCCACACUGCCUCAGAAGCACAGGAGAGGGGCGUCGUCACCAGGCUGUCACUCCAACUCCAUACUAGGCCUGGUCCAAUCACAUUCCUUUUCUCCUCUCCAUAAGAUUUCCAUCUCCCAGGAUAACAGAAAUACACAUUUAGAACAUACAAUAAAUAUGCAAUAAUGCUUUUCCACUUUUUUGUACUUUUACAAACAUUUUAUUUAGUUUACAAAUAAUACUGGGUCUUCAACACAACAGAAAUGUUAUUUCCAAAAACAUCUUGAACAUGAAAAACAUUUUCCAACAUGGUCUUUUUUUAUUUUUUUAAAUAAAAUAUAUAUAUUUUCCAUCAUAUAUA